AUGACAUCGUUCAUCUUAACAUUGAUCAUUGUGAGCAGUCUUCAGCCAUUCCUGGAAGCCUAUCGGUUGAAUGUGCCUCGUGUACUACUACCGUAUCAUCCGAAUGUUCAAGUGAAAUAUCAAUUGGUUGUUAGUGAUCCAGAAGGUGGAUGCUUUUUUUGGCGUUCCACCCGACCGGACAUUGUAUCCGUGAAGGUGCUGGAGCCGAAAGGAUCAAGCGGGUGCUCGGAUCGAGCCGAAAUAGCCUCUACAUCGAAACAUGACGACGAGCAGAUAGCAGUGAUAUUUGCCGAAGAUCUUGGUUCGUUUUCAUACACAACAUCAUUCAUUCACUUGUCCACAUGUCAAACUGUACAGCCACAUUUGUGGAUGUCUCAUCAUUCGUCUCAUCCAUCUUCAUAUGAAAUGAAGAAAGCACAAAGAUGA